GGGAGGCCGAGGGUGCCCGCCUGGGGACGGCGGCUCCAUGAGCUGCCAGGUCACGGUGCUGUACUUUGCCAGGAGCGCGGAGCUGGUAGGCCUGCGCUCCGAGAGCGUCUCUGUGCCGCAGCGGAUCACCUCCCUGCAGCUCUGGGAAGAGAUCGUUAAGAUUCAUCCCAGAGCUGUAGACUCUCACACCAACAUCUCACAGAUGUGAAGACCAGCAGAUAUACACAGAAUCUACAGAAAAACACACCCUGUCUGCUCUGCCCUCUUAGCAGUGUUGUCACCCUUACCAAUAGCAGACUUCAGAUCCGCUUGCUGUCAUCCGGGAUCAAGUGGUUUUUGCUGUUCGGCAGGAGUACGUGCUUCUUGGAGAUCAGCUUCUGGUCCUGCAGACAGGAGACGAAGUUGCCAUCAUCCCACCAAUUAGUGGAGGCUGAAUCUGUGCACGUUCUGUUAGAUCCUGAGAUUUGGUGUGCAAUUAUCCCCAUCAACAUCUGGUACUCUUUGGAGAGAGCAUAAUUUGUGUUUCCUGCUGGAGAGAAUUGUUGUGCUGAUCAGAAACUAUAAGCUGUUGCAUGAAUAAACAAUUAGCACACAUAAGUAAAUGGAAUAAAAUUGACAAUGAAACUUUCCUGCGAAGCAGGAGCCCAUGUGCAUUAGAAAGAGAUCUUCCCAUGGUAUUUGCACUUAAUAUUCUCUCAGCAAGUCUGCUGAGAAGUGAAUUUGCCAUGAAGACUGGUCUCUUGGGCCCUUCUAGGGAGCCAUGGAUGAAAGAGAGGAUGUGCCAAAAGAUUUUAUCAAGCUCAAGUCUGAAAAGCUGUCUGUAGAUGAAGUGUCAGAACUGGUCAUUUCACCAUGCUGUGGGGCGGUGUCUCUGUUCAUUGGUACUACAAGAAAUAAUUUUGAAGGGAAAAAAGUGAUUCACUUAGAGUAUGAAGCAUAUACUUCAAUGGCAGAGAUGGAAAUAAAGAAGAUCUGCAGAGAUGUUAGACAGAAGUGGCCAUCAGUCAAACAUAUUGCAUUGCAUCAUAGACUUGGAGUGGUUCCAGUAACAGAGGCAAGUGUAAUUAUUGCAGUCUCAUCUCCACACAGAGCAGAAUCCCUUGAAGCUGUAACACACUGUAUCAACACUUUAAAAGCAAUCGUCCCAAUAUGGAAAAAGGAGAUUUAUGAGGACGAGUAUUCUUGGAAAGAAAACAAGGAAUGCUUUUGGACAAAUUCAGAAAAAUAACUGUACUCAUUUAUAAAUAAAGUGUUACUGCUGCUAAUGAG